GGCAAUGAAAGAACCCACUCCGAUUAAAGGUCCAUGGAAUCCUCAAGAAGACCAACUAUUACAAACCCUAGUUCAAAAAUCCGGCCCUAAACAUUGGUCAAUCAUAAGCAAAUCUAUUCCGGGUCGAUCCGGAAAAUCUUGCCGUCUCCGGUGGUGCAACCAGCUAUCUCCUCAGAUUGAGCACCGCCCUUUCACUCCGGAGGAAGAUGAAAUCAUUUUCAAGGCACAAUCAAUGAUUGGAAAUAAAUGGUCUGCAAUCUCUCGUCUACUCUCCGGUCGAACUGAUAACGCAAUCAAGAAUCAUUGGAAUUCAUCUCUCAAUCGCAAACGCAAACGCUCUUUCAUGGUUGGAAAUGGGUUGUAUUUUGACCCGUGUAGUCCUUCUAUAUCUGAUUUAAGUUAUUCGGGUAAACCCGUUUAUUCUCAAAUUGCUUUGCCGCCGGCGCCGGCACCGGCGCCGUCAACCUCACUCAGCCUGUCUUUACCGGGAUCGGAAGAUGGAAAGAAGUUGAUCGGAGAAGAAAUGUUGGUUGGGUUGCAGGAAAUGAUUAAGAAUGAAGUGAGGAAAUAUAUGUUUAGUUUGGAGAUGAUGAAAAAUGAGAGUUUUUUUUGAAUUUGGGUAGAAAAAGUAUUUUAAUCUAAGUUUAGUUGCUAAAAUGAUACUAUGAAAAGUAUAAGGUGAUAAAUGAUCAUAUAUAAAGUUCAUGGUUAAAUGUAAGAAGUUGAAAAAUGGGUAUAUCUUAAUCAUCUUCA